UACUUACAAUAUUUUUGAUUUCAUUCGAUGGUAUCAGAAAAUUAUUUCAAAUCUUUAGACUCUUAGAUUGUACCAUAUCAUAUUAAAUCUGCACAAAUCUUAAAAUAUAUAUAUUGAUACUUUGUAUUGAUGGAUUCUAUGUGUUUUGCAUUAUCACAUUUUUUUUUAUUAGCUAAUCUUUCGUAAAUAUCGCGUGUAUAUAAAUUAACUAUCUCUGAAUAUCUAGCUUAAUAUAAUAUUCUUUACCUUUUUACAAAAGAACGUUGUAAUAGAAGUUUGUAAUAGAACGUUUAUAAUUUAAUAUUAAUCACUUUACGUAAUAACCUUCCUUUGCAUGUUUCUAAUAUACUAUUAGUGUAACCAAUAAUUAUUUCUAUCGAGCUAGACUAUGUAGAAAUAGUCUGGAAAAAAAUCAUUACUAAUAAAUUGUACUUCAUUUAUGUUGAUUUAUUAAAUUCUUUUUUUUGUUGAAGCAAUGCUUUACGAAUAAUGUCUAUGAUCAUAUAAUGAAUAUUUAAUUAUCUUUCUUUUUUUCUCUUAUCUAGCUUAAUAUAAUAUUCUUUACCUUUUUACAAAAGAACGUUGUAAUAGAAGUUUGUAAUAGAACGUUUAUAAUUUAAUAUUAAUCACUUUACGUAAUAACCUUCCUUUGCAUGUUUCUAAUAUACUAUUAGUGUAACCAAUAAUUAUUUCUAUCGAGCUAGACUAUGUAGAAAUAGUCUGGAAAAAAAUCAUUACUAAUAAAUUGUACUUCAUUUAUGUUGAUUUAUUAAAUUCUUUUUUUUGUUGAAGCAAUGCUUUACGAAUAAUGUCUAUGAUCAUAUAAUGAAUAUUUAAUUAUCUUUCUUUUUUUCUCUUAUCUCUAGUAUCUUUCAAAGAAGUAUAAUAACUCAAGAUAACAACAAUCUGCACACAAUUUUAUUCAUUAGUGAAAUCUUAUUUCAUUUGUUUCAAUAAUAGUUUCCUAAAAUUAUGAUAGAACAAGUAAUGCUAAAAAGAGUCAUCUAUAUUACAUGGCUCAGUGUAGCUUUGUGCUUCUGUUGGCCAGUUUCUGCUAACACCAGUAGAAAUCAAAUUAUUGUUUUCAGAUUUUUUCAAAUCUUCACUAUUAUUAGCUCUUGUUUAGGAAGUUUGCCUAUGUUUCAUUCGAUAUACUUACAUCAAGAUGAUAUCGUUAUUGUCGCUAAGUCUAUAAGCAUAAUGGUAGUUUUAAUUCAACUAAUUGUUCAAACCACUAUAUGCGCAAUCAAACAUGACACUUUACAACAUAUAAUUGAAGAAAUGAUAACCUAUAUGAAAGAGGCAAAACAAUAUGAAAAGAAAAUUAUCCAGAAAUAUGUAUCAAAAUGUUAUAUCCUUUAUGGAAGUGCUAUAAUUAUUUCAUACUUAACUACGACAAUAUUUAUAUUAGGACCUAUAUUCUUACCUAUUUCCUUACCAUUCUAUACAGAAUUUCCAUUAAGCCUUAAUAAUACGGCAGUAUAUAUUAUAAUAUAUUUCCAUCAAUGUUUUUUUGCUUAUCAAUGUUCUGCAACUGUAUGCUUAAGCAUAUUUGGAGCACUUUUAUUAUGGUUCGUGGUCAUUAAAUUUGAAUGUUUGAUCAUGAAGAUACAGAAUAUUUCAAACAAAGAUAUGAUGGUCAUUUGUAUAAAAAAACAAUUACAAAUAAGGAGAUAUGCAAAAGAAAUAGCCAAUUGUUUCCGUCAUAUCAUUUUUUACACUAUAAUAGCAACAUCAUUUAAUAUGAUUCUUGCUGGUAUUAUACUAAUAAUGAAUCCUUUAUUAGUCAUAAAAAUACAGUUUAUGAUCACAUGUUUCACUGCACUCAUAGAAGUUUAUUUAUAUGCAUGGCCAGCUCAAUACAUGGAUGAUAUGAGUAAAAAUGUUUCAAUAAGUGCAUAUAACUUAAAAUGGUAUGAACAGACAUCAGAAAUGCAACAAAACAUAUUGAUUAUGCUGAUAUUUCAAAAACCAAUAUCUCUUUCUAUCAAUUUUUUAAUGCCAAAACUUUCUCUGCGCUCUUAUUGUGCGUAUUUGUCCAAUGCCUUCUCCAUUUUCACAGCUUUACGAGUUAUAUUAAAAGAUAAUUCAAUAUAAACAUAUUUACAAUAUUAUUUUAAUUAUAUAUAAUGGAGUAUGAUCUCAGCAUUGGUAUUUAUGGCUUCAGUGAUUAUAAAAUAUAAAAUGAUAAUUAUAGGAAUAGUUUAUAUUUUAUAUUUAUAAUAUUUAUAAAAAUUUAA